CGUGACAAGAUUUCAACGUUUCAAAACGAGGUCAAACAACAAUGGCUGAAAAGUUGAACAGAAAAAUCUGAGAGAAGGAACAUUUCAGCCGAUGUUUUGUCAUUAAGGAGCUUCAAAAUGUUGUUACAGGAACCUGUACAGGCUGCCGUUUGGGAUGCUUUGAACAACUAUUCUUAUGGAAAUGCUAUAUUUCUGGCAGAGAGACUUUAUGCUGAAGUAUCGAACACAGAAUGUCUGCACCUCUUGGCCACAUGCUACUAUCGAGCAGGCAAGUCCUAUCAAGCCUACAUGCUGUUGGAACGCAACAGUUGCCAGACUCCACAGUGCAAAUAUCUCAUGGCUCGAUGUUGUGCUGAUAUUAAAAAGUUUGCUGAAGCAGAAAAACUGCUUGCUGGGACUAUUUUGACUAAGAUGAAGUCUCAUGAGGACAUUGAAGCAGAAUUUGGCAGCAUGGCAUGCUAUGUUUUUGCAUUGCUGGGAUUUAUUUAUAGCAAGACUGAAAGAGCCUCAAAAGCAGCACAGUGCUACCGUAGGUCCCUGAAGCUUAAUCCUUUGCUGUGGAAGUCAUAUGAAAUGCUGUGCUCAAUGGGUGAAAAUGUGAAACCAGAGACAGUAUUUCAAAUUCCUGAACAGACGGCAGCUGGAACGGUGGCUCCCCCGUGUGAUCCAGCGACUCUCAGUGAACAAACGAGUGAGGCAGUCUCUGCAAACAUUGUGGCUGCCAGUGAAAAUCUGCAACUGUUAUCUCCUCGGAACAUUUGUCCGAACGAGACGCCCGACAACAACAGUCAGAACGAGCCGUUGCUGCAGGAAGUGAGGCGCGCCCCAAGGCCGAACAAACAGAAACCGUCUCUGACCCCUGACCCUUCACAGAUGAGGAAGGCCACUGUUCCCAUGAAACUAUUCCCCAAUCCCGUGCUAGCCUCUCCAAGCUUUGGUCUAUUGCCAGUGGAGCAAGCCAGUUUUCAUGUUGGUAGUUCCACGCCUUCUUUUAUCUCGCCUGUGCCCUCAGAAUCUCAAAACUUGGAGGUACAAGCUCCUAUCAAGUCCAGGCCCAUGACAAGAAGGACUCAGAUGGGGAAGUCACCGGUGCUAAAUUGGUCCAACACCAUGAAAAAGAUGAAAGAACAGGAGUCUGUAAAUGCACCUAUACGCAGGAGUUCCCGGUUGUUUGGAAACUCCAACUCAAAUUCUAGUGCUGUUAAGGAAAACAACAAAAGUCAAACGCCUGGGACCUUCUCCAGUACCAAAGGAGUGAACAGGCGUUCAAAACGAACAACCAAAUCACAACAAGAACUGAAUGAGAUAAACAAGGGUGAGCUGAGUGUUGACACCAAGUACCCGCUGGCUACAGAACUCCCGAUUGUCGAUCAGAUAGUGCAGAUGCAACAACAGUCUCUGGCUGGAGUACUUAGUUUGAUGACCAGCAUAGGGAAAGCCUACUUGUCGCUCUCUCGCUACGACUGUCGCAACGCCAUCGAGCACUUCAGUGACCUGCCAGAACAUCAGUACUACACCGGCUGGGUGCUGUGUCAUGUGGGCCGGGCUUACUAUGAACUUGCUGAGUAUCAACGAUCUGCCAAAGUGUUUGAAGAGAUUCGACGUCUUGAGCCCUACCACAUCGAGGGUCUGGAGUUCUAUAGCACUGUGCUGUGGCACUUGCAGAAGGAAGUGGAGCUCUCACUGCUGGCUCAGGAGCUCACCUCCAUGGACCGAAAGUCUGCCGAGGCCUGGUUUGUUACCGGCAACUGCUUCAGCUUACAGAAGGAGCAUGAUGUGGCUAUCAAGUUUUUUCAGCGCGCCAUUCAGGUGGACCACAAUUUUGUCUAUGCAUACAGUUUACUAGCCUUUGAAUACAUAUACCUCGAAGAGUUUGAUAAAGCUCUCACUUGCUUCCGCAACGCCAUCAGGCUGGACCCUCGACAUUAUAAAGCAUGGUAUGGUGUUGGAAUGAUCUACUUCAAGCAAGAAAAGUUCAGCUUGGCAGAAGUUCACUAUCGCAAGGCCUUGUCCAUAAAUCCACAAAGUUCUGUACUCAUGUGUCAUAUUGGUGUGGCACAGCAUGCACAGCAGAAGACAGAGCAAGCUUUGCACACUCUGAGCACAGCCAUCAAAUCAGAUCCAAAGAACUCGCUGUGCAUGUUCCACAGGGCCUCUAUCCUCUUUGCCAGUGAUAAACACAUAGAGGCUUUGGAGGAAUUGGAGACCUUGAAGCAGAUCAUUCCAAGAGAAUCUCUCGUCUACUUUCUCAUGGGCAAGGUGCACAAGAAGUUGGGCAACACGCAUUUGGCCAUGAUGAACUUCUCUUGGGCCAAUGACCUCGACCCCAAGGGUCUGAACAAUCAGAUCAAGGUGGCGGUGGACAAACGCUAUGUCACAGAGGACGAUGACCCUCUGGCUAGACUGGAACAAGAUGCUGCCUUGGAAGGGGAAGGAGCUGGAGCAGUGGCAUCAGCUGAGGCAGACGCAGGAGCAGAGGCAGAGGGAGAUGAGUCAGCCAAUCAGGACGAAGCAAAUCUCUUCCUGAUGGAUGCCCCCAACCUGCAGGCCAUUGAAAGUGACGAGAGUUUAUGAUGACUGUGACUUGCGCUAGGUGUAGGAGAAUGACUCUGAAGGGAGGAAUGACAACAUGCCACAACUGUUGGGAAGUGAUUCUGUUUGCUUGCUAUAUUUUAUUUCUCUGAUUUCUGUGAUCUUCUGAUGGGUGGAAAUGGAGUGAGUCAUAAUGGAUGAAUUGUUACGUGUGAGGUUCGAAUGUACAAAUAAAUGAAACAUAGCUCUAAUGUAGUCCUGUGGGUACAUUUUAUCACUGUAGGAUUCUAAACGGCUAACUCAGUUUCUGUAAAUUUUACAGUGGAGUGAAAAAAACUAAGCGAGGCUGUUAUAUAUAUACAUUUUAGCUGUUAAAAAUCCAACAUUGUAGUGACUAUUUGGAUAUGUUAAUGUGGCUGUAAGUUAUUUAUAGGAUGCAUUGUGUGAUGUGUGUCUGAAUUCAGAGAGAAAAAAACACACAAAAAACUGCAUUUUAGGGAGUAAGCUGUUUAGAAUCCUACAACGAUGAUUUUGAGAAUAUUGUGAUGUUGUUUCCUCGAAGUAUGGCCACUUCUCCUCUUUCUUCUCUUGUCUUUUAAAAAACUGAAAUUGUUCUAUUCCACUUGUUUAGAGAUUGCACAAGCUUGAAUUUUCUUCUUCUGUUUCCACAAAUUGAAAAGUAUUGUAUAGUGAUGGUUAUAUCUGAAUUGACUGUAGUUGAAGGAGAAGAAAAGGAAUAACAUCUGCCUCCUGUGCAAAGACUAUGUUACACAGGCAGUUCAAAAUAAAAACCCUCAUAUAAACUUGCUAUGCAAUUCUGCUGCCAAAGACCUCUGUUCACAAUACAUCUGAUAAUGUGGUAGGAGCAAAAUGAUUUUUACUGCAGUACUGACUAUAGUUAAUUGUGGCUAUGUAUUAUUUUUUUUAAAAACAUAAAUAUAUUAUAUCCUGGUCUUGAAAUACUUUCACAAGAUGUCAUUAUUCAGUUUGACUAGAAUAAGGGUUGAAUGUUUUUAAAAAUCAUUUUAUUUCCAGCACAACUGACUUUUGCUAAAUGUUUUCUUUUUUCCUUUUAAACUUUUCUUUCUAAUGUGUUACGUUUCUUUUCAUAUACGGUUGAUUUUUGUGCAUGGAAAGCUUUGGGUACAUAGUUAUUGAUAGAUUGGAUUAUCAAACCAAUUUGUCUAUUUUAGUGGAGCUGGCAUAGUUUUCAGAAUUUAUGACCCAUUAGGAAUAAAAUGUUUGAAAAAGAUUGUAGAAUAAAGAGCAAAUAUACUGUGUUCCUGUUUUAUCCUACGUCAUAUUUUAUUAAAUUGUCAACCCUACUUUUUGCUUUUUGACUAAUCAAUACAAUGUGUUCCCUCAUAGAAGAACAGUUGAGCGAGUGGUUGGAAUUUGAAUUAUUGAAAAGGUAUUCUACUCACUAUUUCUGAAGCUAAACCGGGUAUUUUUUAGUACCAAGUUGAUUCUGAGCAAAAUUUCUCUUUCUCUCUCCAUUGAGCUGGAGUAAAUAAAAAAGAACACACCUGCACUGUCUAAAACUUUAGUUGGAUAUUAAAUACUUGAACGGAUGCAACGGCAUUCUUCAGCUGGAUUGUUCUUUUCCUUGUACAGUGCUUCCACUCUUCCGUAUUUUUACGGAAAUCCGUACUUUCUGCCAGUUCCGUACUAAUUGUUCCUCCAUUAUCAACUCCCUCCGUAAAAAGCUGCGACAGCAUAGGACUACCGAAAUUCCGUAGCAAAAGUUCCGUACUCGUUGUCGUAUCGUCUAGUACUAGUAUAAGUUACGGAUAUUUACAGUAAUUCUCUCGGCAGUAAGUUAAUGUUAUAGAAACCAGCCAGAUUGCGCAUUUCCUGCAAUUGGCCAUUAUUCUGCUGUGCCCCAUGCAUUUACUGCGGGUUGGUCGGCAAUACGUUUUUACCUGUGGAUUGAUCAAAAUGUGGCGAACUUUUUGUGCCAAUUUCCUCCUUUCUAUCAUUCACUCCUUCCGUCUGUCUAUCUUCAGAUUUUUUACGAGGCUGAAAAAUCUGCGCGUUUAUCAAGUAAAUUGACUUGUGAUUUUAGACAGAAACAUGCUGUUAGAAAGAAACUUUUUUACAAAUUUGUCUAGAUCUAGAGAAAUAGUCGAUACAAAGAUUAUACGCCACGGGAACGCGAUAGGGCCGCUAUGAAAGAAAUUUAUGCUAAAACUACUAAAAUCAAGAAUAAUUCAAAGUGGUGUUCCGAGGUUGUGAAAUUCAGACGUGAAAUUUAAGGAAGAUUAGGGUAUACGCCAGGUAACUGUAUUGUGAAGGUACAUAUAUAUUCAUUAUUCCCAGGUUUGCCUUCUAUCAAUGGUGCGGUGCCUAAUUAAUCGAAUUACCUUAUCGUAGCAAUGGAAGGGAAAACUGCUUUUAAACAUUGCCAUCUAUGGAAAUAUAUUGUGUAGAUCUUGGUGAAGAAAUAAAAAAAGACAAAAUGUUGGUGAAAAAAUAAAUGUUAUGGUUUGUGGGCAAUCUUUUCAAACAGGCUCCCAAAUGCCAUUUUCAACCCUCUAAAAGCACUAACUUUCCAUUUCUGCGGGGGUUUCGCCCCCUGAACCCCGAACGGAAUGCUGUCCCUGGACCCUGCUAGGGAUGCGGCCCCCAGACCCCCUGCAGAAUUUUCCUUACUUUUCAGCUUCAGCUGGUGGAAGCACUGCUUGUAGGGUAUAGCAUAACCCAGCUAUGGUAGUCAUCAAAUUAUGGUGUGUUAUCUUUUCUUGGGCAUGCUCGUUGGCGCAUCGACACUACUCAAUUUUUUCUUUUAAUAAAAAAAUCGAGGCUUUUUCAAAUCAAAGAAGUAUAUGGCAUUUGAUUCCUAGAAGACAUGCUGUAACAUUUCAGACUUGGUGUCUUGUUUAACUGAUACAAUCUAUUUAUCGGUUCAUAGUUAUAGACAUGGUCCUUACAAAAGGAUAGCUCUUUUCUUUCAUUCUUGUUAUUCUCUCUCAGUACUCUAUACUGUUAUCUUAUUCUCUUAUCCUCACCUGAAGUAUGUGUAAAGGGCAUUACAGAGUUCAUAAGUUCUUGAGUUUACUUAUGUGAUUGGAAGCUGUUCAGUAUAUUUUUGAGAAAUGUAUGCGUGGCUAAGGCAUGUUGUAGUACUGUUGUGUUUGGAAGUGUGAGUUGGGCUGUGUUUUUCUCUCCACCGUCCCUCUUUCCCUCAUUAUUUUAUAAAAAAAACUAUAUAUUUAUGCAUUGUCAGCAAUUUUGUACAUAUACUGUAUGUCGUAGGCCAAAAUGCACUCGGCUUUAUGAAACUUUUCUAGAGGCCUUUCAGAAUACAUGUUCUUCGUGUAAAUAAUUUUAUUGUGUCUUGGAUGUGUGACUGUAAAGUGCUAGAGAAUUGUCUGUUGUACUGACUUGGGAGCUUUUGUAAUUUGGUGCACAGUAUACAUUUGGAAUGGAAGAAGUGGUGAAAGGAUAGAAAUGCAGACGGCUGUCAUGGUUUUUAUUGUUUUUGGUUGUUGUUUUUCUCCCUUUCCGCAAUUUGACUACCCCAAAUUGUGUUGCUCAGAAGGCAAGCUGUAUUUUGGAGGAGUGUGUCAGUUUGUGUCAUGAACAAGUUCUCUGCCAGGAAUUAUGUUUGUUGAACUGUGGCCUGUUCAGGGCCUGCUCAAAUAGCGAAUCGUCUUUGGUAGUAUUAUGCAUAGAUGUUUUGAGUGAUGCCUCAAUUUUACUUUUUGUGUUUAUUGAAUGGGAUGGGCAGAGAAUGUAUGCCUUGCAUGUGUGUGUGUGUGUCUGUCUCAAUGGUAUUUAUGGUAGUAAAUGUUUGGGAUCGUGUGGGGCAAGCCAUGUCUUUUGUUGCCUUGUUUUCAUAUUGCUAAGAGGGAUCCAAUAAAUACAUGUCCAUCAAAUUGUU